AUGUCAAAACCUUACACCAUACAAUCCGCAAACGAAGAAAGACGUCGCGUUUACCACGAAGCAGAUGUAGUCGUAGUCGGCGCUGGUAUAUUCGGUUGCGCAAUAGCUUAUGCACUUGCCCAACAAGGUCGCAGUGUCAUUCUUCUCGAACGUUGGCUUAAAGAACCUGAUCGUAUAGUCGGCGAACUUCUCCAACCAGGUGGUGUGUCCGCACUCGAAAAACUUGGACUCGCACAUUGUUUAGAAGGCAUUGAUUCGAUAAGGGUGAAAGGAUAUGAAGUGAUAUACCAUGGCACACCCGUCUCCAUACCUUAUCCGCCAAAUGCCGGCGCAGCACAAGAAGGAGGAUUUAGAGGAUCAGAGAAUGAAAAGAGUACCAGACCAGAGGGAAGAAGUUUUCAUCAUGGAAGAUUUAUUUCGCAAUUAAGGAAAGCUUGCGCUAGUCAACCCAAUAUCACCAUUGUCGAAACAGAAGUUACAGAAACCAUAACUGGCGGACAUAAUUCAACCCAAGUCCUUGGAGUCCAUACACGAACUACCAAUCCAUCUACGGGCGAAAAAGAAGCAGAUUGUUAUUUUGGUCAUCUCACAAUCAUAGCAGAUGGAUAUGCCUCCAAAUUUCGCAAGCAAUAUAUCAACAAAACUCCAGUUGUCAAAAGUAAAUUCUACGCUCUAGAAUUAAUAGAUUGUCCCAUGCCCGCUCCCAAUCAUGGAAUCGUAGUCCUCUCAGACGUCUCCCCAGUUCUUCUCUAUCAAAUCGGCACUCACGAAACUCGCGCUCUGAUAGAUAUUCCCGACAAUGUCCCCGCUGCAUCUGUCGCUGCCGGUGGCGUAAGAAAUUAUAUUCACACCGUCGUCCUCCCAGUCCUACCACCACAAGUCCGACCUUGUUUUCUCAAAGCCCUCGAAGAUGGAAAAAUUCCCCGCAGCAUGCCAAAUAGUUUUCUCCCUCCCUCGACCCAAACUCAAAAAGGAGUUCUCCUCCUUGGUGACGCAAUGAAUAUGCGUCAUCCCCUAACUGGUGGUGGCAUGACUGUAGCAUUCAAUGAUGUUGUUCUCUUAUCCUCUUUACUUUCUCCUUCCAACGUCCCAAAUCUAAACGACACGGUUGCUAUAAGUAAAGCUAUGAAAGAAUUUCACUGGCGUCGCAAAUCUCUUUCCUCUAUCAUCAAUAUCCUCGCUCAAGCUCUCUAUGCACUUUUCGCAGCUAAUGAUCCACAACUCAAGGCAUUACAAAAAGGUUGUUUUCAUUAUUUCAAAAGAGGUGGAAAUUGUAUAGAAGGUCCUGCAGGAUUAUUGGCGGGAAUCAUUAGACAACCGUUAGUAUUGAUUUAUCACUUUUUUUCAGUGGCAGUACUAGCGAUUUGGAUCUUGAUGGGAGAUAUUACGGGAGGGGUAAAGGGAAUUUGGAAGGCUCCGUGGGCAAUAGAACAGAGUAUGGAGGUUUUUUGGAAGGCAUGUGUGGUUAUCGUUCCAUUUAUGUGGAGUGAGAUGAAAAGUUAG